AUUGGUUUUUUGAAACCUUUACUCUUUAAGCUGUAACUGUGACUGUUAUACAUAUUUUUCCGGUAUCAAAUUUUAGUAAAUGAAAACAAAUAUUGUAUUAUUUCUGGUAAUACUGUUAUAAAUAAAAUAGUUUUUGUUACUCUUGCAUUAAUUUUAUACAAUAUAAAUUGUAAUUUUGGUGUGUUGCAAAUAAAACUAAAAUGCUUCCAUUGUCUCUUCUAAGAACAGCACAAAACCACCCCAUGCUUGUAGAGUUAAAAAAUGGUGAAACAUAUAACGGUCAUCUUGUCAACUGUGACAAUUGGAUGAAUAUCAAUUUGAGAGAAGUUAUUUGCACUUCGCGGGAUGGGGAUAAGUUUUGGAGAAUGCCUGAGUGUUAUGUUCGAGGUAGCACAAUUAAAUACAUGCGUAUUCCAGAUGAAGUUAUUGAUAUGGUCAAAGAAGAAACUUUGUCUAAAGGUCGGGGUAGAGGUGAUUUAAAAAGAGGUGGAAUGGGUCAAAGAGGAAGAGGAGGUGGCAGAGGUACUUUUGGUGCGAGGGGUGGAGGCCGAGGUGGUGGUCAAAAUCGUGGACCUGGUCAUAACAGACCUGGCUCGAGGCCAAAACCUUCAUAAAAUUUUAGAUCUUAAUUAUUUCAGCAUAUUGUUUUCAUUCGAAUGUAUAAGCGGAAUACAUUUCAUUAAAAUCUCAUUGAAAAUGUUGUAAAUAUUAAUAAAAAAUCAUAUUUAUUUUUGUUA